UGUGUUUACUUGUUGAUAAGGUCUCUAUAGUGACAAUUCGUAUAUGACAUUUUCUGACAAGCAAUAUUUAAACCCAUGUAGAACUGAAAAUUUCGGUCAGAAAAGCAAGUGAGGCAAGUGAUACAGAUGGGCAUUAUGGAGUUUAAAGUUAAGGUUGUGUUGACAGGUUUAGCAUUAAUGCUUCAUGUGAGUCAAAGUAUGACAGAUGGAACAACGGUUAUUACACCUACAUCUACACAAACAUCUAGUACAACCACAAGCCGUACUACAAGUGCAGCUUCUAAAAGUACAGAUUCCACCACCUUUGCGGCACUGGCUGGAUCAAGUUCAGCGACGACCAUUCCAGCUGGUGGAAAGAAGACCGACGCACCGACGACGACGGUCAGUACUGCAUUCGCACCUUACCCUUGUAAUAAUGGAACCUGCGAGGGAAACGAAACCUGCAUCAAAUCAACUAUCCGCGGAUCUUGUUCCAUAACGGGAGAUGUACAGGGAUGCUUCCGAACGCAACAUGACACCCACUUCGAGGUCGGCUGUCGUCCCAACUGUGAUACUAACAAGAACACUAAAGAGGACUGGUGUUGUCGAGGCAAGUCUGACUGCAUCUUUGAAUCUAUGCCGCCACCUGGCGGUAACGCCAACACGGUCGUUUCCAGAAGCUUCCUAUUACUUGGCACUAUUGCGUUAGUGUUGUUUGUCAUGUAGACAAUCGUUCCUGAAAACGCCAUUUUCGGAAAAGUUUGACUUGUAUACGUGUUUGUGGAAGAUCAAAUUUUGUAUAGACGUUACAUUUUAUUUUAUUCAAAAGAAUCACAACUUAUUUUUGGAAACAUAUGUCUGUCUCAUGCAUACAUGAAUUUAUUUUAGUUACCGUUUGUCAUAGUUGAACGAAAAUCUUAAUAUUUCAACAAGUUUUAUUAAUGUAAAAUAAUAGGAAAAAAGUACAAAAGAUAAUUAUAUAUAGAUCACAGUAUUUUGCAUUUUCAAUAAUGUUUUUACCUAGCUUGGAGUGGUGUUCAACAUCAAUAGCACGUGCAGGUUAUCGUUAAUGAAGUCAUGGGACUGAAAACAUAACUUGAUGAUUAUGUUCGGUGUAAAUUAUUGAGAUGUUUUGAGUUGGUUAAAAACAUAAAAAAAAGUGUUUGUUAUUUUCUCUCUUUGCAUUCCUUACACUAUACCGCUGACAUAGAUCUGCAAUUUAGAUAUGUUGUGUUGUUAUACAAUUUUCUAUACAAGUUAUAUUGCAAUAACAAUACAUGAUUUCACCUCACACAUGUUAAGUUACAACUUCACCCACAAGGGUACCCACGUGUGAAUAAAUUAUUACGACAUAACCAUGCUGUAAUUUGAGAACUAUGGACGGCGAAUAAAUGAAUUUAACAUAUCGUA